UGCGCCGCAGCGUACCAGCGCUCGUCUUUCCCCUCCACCACCUCCAUAGUCAACCAUGGCGGAGACAGAGGGUAUACUGCCAGACGGUCGCGGUGCUGGCUCCAGUCUGCCACUUCCUGCGCUUAUCUUCGCUGGGCUGUCGACGCUGGUCGCAGUCGUCGUUAGCGGGUUAUCUAUCUACCUUCAACUCAAGAACUAUCGCAAGCCAAUGCUCCAAAGAAUGGUGGUCCGGAUUAUGGUUAUGGUUCCCAUAUAUGCUAUCGCCUCUCUCAUAUCUAUCUUCUCCCUCGACGCCGCCUUCUUCAUUGAUGCCAUACGAGACAUCUACGAGGCCUUCGUCAUCUACUGCUUCUUCGCGCUCCUCAUCCAAUACCUCGGCGGCGAGCGCGAGCUUCUCAUCCUCCUUCACGGCCGUCCACCUAAACCCGCUGUCUUUCCUAUGACCCUUUGGAGACAUGAUGUAGACGCCAGUGAUCCGUAUACAUAUCUGUUCCUCAAGAGAGGCAUUCUCCAGUACGUCCAAGUCAAGCCCAUGCUCGCGGUCGCAAGUCUCGUCAUGAAGGCUACGGGCACAUACCACGAAGGCGACUUCCGUGCACGAUCUGGUUAUCUCUACGUUUCCGUCAUAUACAACGUCUCUAUCUGCCUCGCUCUCUACUGUCUCGCAGUGUUUUGGAUGUGCGUCAACGAGGACCUAAAACCCUUCCGCCCCGUUCCCAAGUUCCUCUGCGUCAAAGGCAUCCUCUUCUUCUCCUUCUGGCAGUCCAUCGGCGUCUCCCUCCUCGUCGCAGCUGGCCUCAUCACGCGACUCGGCCCCUACACCGACUCCGAACACAUCUCCAUCGGCCUCACCGACAUGCUCAUCUGUAUUGAGAUGCCAUUCUUUGCUGCCGCUCACAUGUAUGCCUUCUCGUACAAAGAUUUCACCACCCCGUCUCCUCCGACCUCGUCCCUCACGCACUCGGCACGAGAGGCGCAAGAUAAGCCAGCAUAUUCCUACGUUGCGAGGUUGAGGAUAUGGUACGCGCUGCGUGAUAGUCUAGGCCUCAAGGACCUCGUCGAGGACACGCGAGCGACGCUUCGCGGAGAAGGGCUCACGUAUCGUUCGUUCGAACCGUCGGAGGGCGUGAUGCAUGUUGGCGUGGCAAGAGAGACCCGCAUUCGCGCGGGUCUUCGAUACGUCCGCGGCGGAAAGGGGAAAUACUGGCUCCCCGAGGUCGUCGAUCCGGCGGGUAGCGGCAACGCGUAUGGUCUAGCGGCCGAGGGCUCGAGGGCGCAGCGACAGGCGGCUCCUGGGAACGCGACGGCACACAGGUGGCUCGGAAAGUUGGUUGGGCAGACGAGGCACGAGAGUGAGGAGGCGAUCGCGCCGCUGCUUGCGGGUGAAGCGGAGGACGUGGUGCACGAUGCACCCGACAUGCGUUAUCGGGACUACGAUCACGGUUUACCGCUUCCGCCAGAUGAGGAUGAGGACGAUGGGGAGGACGGCUACGGCCUCGAGUUUGCACCGCCGAGCGAUGCAGACGAAGAGCUGUUCCGUGACGCGCGGCGAUUCGUGUUCGGUGAUUAUCUGUACCCCGUCGUGGACGUCAGCUCUGAGGAGGCACGGCGAGCGAUGUGGGAGGCCGAGGUGCGCGUUGUGCAAGACGUGAUGCCCGUCAAGGCAUCCAUACGCAAGGCGGCCGGAGGCGGGUAUGGCGCGACGGGUGCGACCAGUGCACGUCCGGGGGCGAGGUCGUCGCCACGGCGGCGGUACGAGGACGAAGACGAAGGCUUCGGCUCGGAGCCCGAGGAUCGUGUUGUUGACUUCGAGGAGGGUCUUCCCCCGCCAGGCCUCCGGCUCAAUUGGACAAGGACCAAGGGUGCGCGACCUGUCUCGCGCACUGGCUCAGGAUCGGGCUCAGCAAGCGGCGGCUCGCGCAACGCGAGCUCAAGCAACCUUCUCUCUCCACCAGCGCCUCCACAUGCUUCAUCCUCCUCUCAUCCUCGCGUCCGUGCAUCUUCCGCUGCAUCUGCCUCACAGCCGAAGUCGAAACCACCGAGCCAAGCUCCAAGCCCCUCAGCCGCCCGCUCGGACGCAUGGCACAACUCGCCCGCGCUCGGUGCACACGACCACGUCCGCUCUACCUCGUCCUCGUCGCACCCCUCCGCACGCCCCUCACCACGCAUCCACACGUCCAGCGGCGCACGCACGCCGCUCGUCCAGGACGACGCCGUCGACCUCAUCGUCCCGGACUCGGACGCUGCCUCUCCACCACCGCCUGCCCUGCGGCGCCCGUCGCACUCGCCCGACGCACGCUCGCCGCCUGCAGGUCUGCGGCGCGUCUGGCACGACGAGCAGCGUGCUGAGCGAGCGUCGGCGGGUCCGUUUGUCAUUGACGACGGCGUCGGCGACAACAAUGACGCUCGUGUGCGUGAAGAAGACAAAGACGAGGAGAUGCUUCUCGAUCGCUCGCCGGCGCAUCGGCCGCAGACAGAGUUCGAAGGUGUCGAGGGGCGCGUUGUGAGAGAGCAGAUGCCGCCGUCGCAGGUGCAGGCAGGGGCAUACACAUUUGUGGAUACGAAUGAGGAGAACCCGUGGGCGUAGGGUAGUCUGCUUUUGUCGUUCAGGUUGCGGGAUGUAGUUGUAGUCGAAGUGCAGCAGUGUCAGGGCUUUUGUAUACCCAUGUUCGAGUAAGGCCAAGAUGGGAUUAGGCCCGAUGGUAACACAAAUGCUGUUCGGUUUUCGGCUCUAUCUAUACUAGUUAUGGCACCAGUAUUGUAAUGAUGAAUCUUCAAUCUCA